AUGACAGCAGCAACCACCACCUUUGCCACGGCGCACAGGCAGUAUGUGCAGUCGCUGUAUAGACGGCGUUUGAAGAACUCCCUGGACUGGACGAUUCGCCGCGAUGAAUGGCGCAGGAAAGCCAUGGUCAUCCGGGCUGAGUUUGAAAUUAACCGGGACGUGACGGAUGCGAGAGAGCUGGCGCAGGUUUUCGAGCAGGCAGAGGCCAAACUGGCGGCCUGGAAACAUCCUGAUCCUUACAUCCCCAUGUCUGCUCCCGGAGGUAUCAAAUGGGAACGCAACUUACCCCCACCGACGGAAAGCCCGUACGCCCACGAUCCCCCUACUCAGUACGAACCGAUUCGGCGCUCGUGGAACCCGUUCGCAUAAACAACAACGCUAUCGUAGCCUCACAAGCAAAGAUUCUCUGUAUCCCACUCGUGACUACUGAGCGAUCUAAUUCUUCUCCGACGUCUC